AUGGACGACGGUGGGCGUGCGUUGGGCAGUGCGAGCGUUGACCACUUCGACGAGACGGACUCCUCCGCUUUUCCCGACUCGGAAGCGUACUACGAGCCUGACCUGCUCAGCCUUUCUUUGUCCGAUAUUUUUACACUUGGUAGCCUUGCUAAUCUAGAUGACAAGAUCCGUAACACCAAACAUCGGCUCGUGGAGCGGCGGCGAGCCAUCGAAAGGCGCGUUCGCACUCCAGAGGUCAUUCGUUUGCGAGACAAACUUUCGUUUGUCUUGGGUCUGCUCAACGUGCUCUUCACGGAAUACGUUAUUCUACGCCAGCCGGCGCGUCUAUGGCAGUGGUAUCUGUACCAGCUGACGCCUCUGCUUAUUCUCCGCUAUUAUUCAUACCGCAAGUCUGCUCAGCAUUAUUUCAUGUACGACUAUUGUUACUUUGUGCAAGCACUACUGGUAGCUUUCUAUUUUGGCUGGCCGCGGACGCAAGCCUGGCGACAGGUCAUGUUCGUGGCCCUGUUUGCCUCGGCGAACGGACCGGUGCUCUGGGCGAUGGUGGCGUGGCGCAAUGCGCUGGUUUUUCAUUCGCUCGAUAAGAUGACGUCCGUAUUUAUCCAUAUAUUUCCCCCACUAGUGACGUACAAUGCUCGUUGGCAUUCAGACUUGAUCAUCUCGCGACGGAUCGGUAUCUGCAGCCACGAAGCAGACUGUAUCGCGUUAGGACGUCGCGCGUUUACGGUGGCAGUGCCGCUGGUGAUCUUUCUAAUCUGGCAAACCUUGUAUCUUGCAAAGAUUCUGGUUAUCUCUCGUCGAAAGCUCGAUCGAAACCCUGAAUUGAUCACAAGCCUGCGAUGGCUCACACGUCACUCGGGCUCGGCAGUCUCCCGGAUGCUGAAUAUCUUCGGCGAGCGAUACCAGAAUUUGGCACUCGCUUUUUGGCAGCUGAUUUUCACUGGGGUGACUUGUUUGCCUACGGCGCUGUUCUGGCGUUACAAAUGGAUGCACGAAAUCGUGUUGGCAUUUGUCGGUCUCAUCGUCGUGUGGAACGGAAGUAACUAUUACUUUGAGGUGUUUGCUUCCAGGUACACUCGCAGAAUGCUCGAAUACGCCCGCGAUCGCGUUCAGAAAAUCGAGACGAACGCCAGCAGCAACCCAGAGAAAAGUUCCAUGUAG